UCCAGUCUGAAAGCAGCUAAUCGGCCUGCUGCGCGUCACCUGUUGGGAGUCUGAGCCACGGAUUAAAAAUAGAAUGAUCCGCGCCGAACAGAAGGACGAACCUGCAGUUUACCAACGGGUCGUGUUGAAGAACGCCUCGCCGUACCACUACUUGAAGUGUCCUGGAGGAUGAGUCUACCAGACUGAGUGCAGUUGAACUGAAGCAGUUCAUCAUCACAGGCCUGAACAGCCUGUAUGGAGAGGUGGGAGCAGCGUUGACCUUUGACCUGUUAAAGUACGAUGAAGACACCCUCACUGCUCUUCUGCGUGUUUACAGCAGGGGUUUGGUGAAGCUGUGGAGCUCCCUGACUCUGCUGGGCUCCUACCAGAACCAGGCCUGUGCCUUCAGAGUGCUGCAGGUUUCACCGUUCCUGCUCGCGCUGACCGGAAACAGCCGAGAGCUGCGGCUGGACUGAAGGACGAUGAGAAUCUUCCGGGUGACUUUCACGUGGAGCAGUUUCUUUAAUAAACGGCGGCUGUGUCUCCCCCCUCCCUCCUGCCGGCUGCUCCACGUCGGCCAGCGAGCCUCCCUCACCAAAGCCUUCUCCUCCCGCGAUGUGGAGCUGUUCGCCGAGCUGACGGGCGACACCAACCCGCUCCACCUGGACCCGGCCUACGCCAGCACCACCUCCUUCGAGACGCCCAUCGUCCACGGCGUCCUCAUCAACGGCCUGAUCUCCGCCGUGCUCGGCACCAGGAUGCCCGGCCGCGGCUGCAUCUUCCUGUACCAGGAGAUCCGCUUCCCGGCGCCGCUCUACAUCGGUGAGGAGGUGACGGCCGAAGCCGAGGUCCGCAAGAUCAAGAUGUCGUUCGCCUUCAUCGCCGUGACGUGCUCCGUCCAGGACAAGGUGGUGAUGGAGGGGGAGGUGAUGGUGAUGAUGCCCGAGGAACAGCAGCAGAAGGAGUGAGAGGAGGAGGGGAGGAGGACCCAGCACAGCCCCCCCCCCCCGAUUUG